GAGCCAGUGGUCGCGUCGUGCGAAGACCCUUGUCAAAAUCUCUCCACCACCGUGGGUGCACUGCGUGCCUGUCAACUCGGAGACCGUCUCGCGAGGUGCGGCUAUCGCGGGUGUGGUACGUACCACGUGUUGAAUGGUAUGCGUAUCCCGACUACUUGUUGCGCGACGGGUGAAUUGUUCGCGGUUAGGCCAAGGGUCCGCGGGUCCACGGGCAGGAAGCAGGUCUGUUGGCAAGUGGGCGCACGGACGAGCGAGCGAUCACGUGGGCAAUUGUGUGGACGAGUGAGUGGUCAGCCGACCGAGCAGAGGAGAGCGCGAGCGAGGGGGUGCAUGCGACGCUGCAUGCAAGAGCGCGACGCGCGUGGGCGAGAGCGCACGAGCAACAGGGCGCGGGCAAGACGACACGCGGGCGAGGCAGCAGACAAGCCUGACAGCGCGUGGACGAGGCGACGGGGCGGGCUGGUGAGACGGCGGGGGCGUGCGACGGGGAUAGGGUGAUGGCGGGCAAGCGAGAUGGCGGGCCAGAACAAUGGCCGAGCGAGACAGCAGGGAAACUGACAGGCAAGUUAGUGGGCGAG